AUGUCGGCUCGUCGCGCUUCCAACCCUUUCACCAAGAACCAGGAUGCGCCUGGUUACUACGACGAUCACGCCUCAUCCGACGAGCGUACUCAGCUGCGCUCGCUCGCUCAGCACAUGCGCAAGCUCAGCAUGAGCAACAGUGCCAUAUCAGACGACAGCACCGACCACCCUGCUUCCUACAACUCCAACGCGACCCCUUCUGGUAGCGGCAGCAACGGCGCGGCUACUCCACGAGCCGAAGCUGGCCCAGCCUCUGCCGCCACCGUCCCUGGCGCUCUUCAACCUAUCGGAGGCGCCAAGUACACUCCCCACCGCGGCGAUCUCCCCGACCCUGAUCAAGCUUACGGCGAGGACCAAGACAAAGCCACCCUCCUGUCGAGCAGCCUCGGCAAGAGCUCUUCCGCAUUCAACAACGGCCAUGGACACAGCCUUGGCGACGGCGACGGUACUGGUGACGACAAGCAGCGCGUCAUGCAGCGUGCCAGAGGAAUUGUCCGCACCUACAGCAUGGGUCAGCAGAAGCGUCGCCCUCAAAGGAUGAAUGACGAUCCCGUCAUCCUCUCGAGACGCAUGAGCCACGACGCGGUCCAGCAUGCACCGCGCCGCUUCAUCGUCGAUGUCGAAGAGACCAUGCGUCUCGUGCUCGAGCAAGAAGACACCGACGGCAAUUUCCAGAUCUGCAUCACCGACAGCGGUCCCAAGGUACUGUCCCUCGGCACCGCCACCAGCAACGGCUACAAGGGCUUCGACAUUCGCGGCACCUACAUGCUCUCCAACCUUCUCCAGGAGCUCGCCCUUGCCCGCGAGCAUGGCCGCAAGCGUAUCGUGCUCGACGAGUCGCGCCUCACCGAGAACCCGGUGGAUCGUCUCUCGCGCAUGAUCAAUCAGACCUUCUGGCACAACCUCACGCGCCGCAUCGAUGGUGAUGGCCUCGACGCGAUCCUCUCGGAUCCCAAGAAUCGCAGCAAGUCGCAGAACCCUCGCAUCUACGUUCCCGCUUCCGAGACCGAGAUGCUUCACUACUAUCAAAAGGUGGCUCAGGAGCGUCCGUCACUCAACCUUACCGUAGAGUCGCUUCCGGCAAACAUCACUGCAGAAUACACGCGCGACCUCAACGACAAGCCUGGUCUGCUCGCGCUUGCCAUGCGCGACGACAUUGAUCCCACCACCGGCGAGAAGAAGGGCCUCAAGGGUAUUCCCUUCGUCGUGCCGGGCGCGCGCUUCAACGAGCUCUAUAAUUGGGACAGCUACUUUAUCUCGCUCGGUCUCGUUGUGGACAACUUGAUCGAUCUCGCCAAGGGCACCGUCGACCACUUUAUUUUUGAGAUCAAGCACUACGGCAAGAUCCUCAACGGUAACCGCACUUACUACCUCAUGAGAGCCCAGCCUCCCUUCCUCACCGACAUGGCUCUGCAGGUCUACUCGAGACUCGACCCCGCCCAUGAGGCUGACAACAAGGAGUGGCUGCGCAAGGCCAUCCAAGCUGCUAUCAAGGAGUACCACACCGUGUGGAUGAGCAAGCCGCGCUUUGAUGAAAAGACCUGGCUCAGCCGCUACCGUCCCGAGGGUCUGGGUGUGCCACCCGAGACUGAGGCUUCGCACUUCACCCACAUCCUUCGACCCUAUGCCGAGAAGCACGGAGUCAGUGUCAACGAGUUCACGCGCAAGUACAACUACGGCGAGAUCAAGGAGCCCGAGCUCGACACCUACUUUAUGCACGAUCGCGCCGUCCGCGAGUCCGGUCACGACACGACGUACCGCUUCGAGCGCAAGUGCGCCGACCUCGCCACCAUCGACCUCAACGCUCUUCUGUACAAGUACGAGAUCGACAUUGCCACCGCCAUCCGGGAGGUCUUUGACGAUCGUCUCGAGCUCGAAGACGAUUUUCUCUUGCACGGACCACUACCUCCUUCGCUGCUCAAAGACGGCAAAGGCCCUGCGCAGCCCUCACGCUCCAUCGAGACGCCACAGACGAGUGCCGAGUGGUUUGCUCGUGCCGCACACCGCAAGGCGCAGGUGGACAAGUACCUCUGGAACGACGGCAUGGGUCUCUACUUUGACUACGACACGCGACUCGAGGAGCCGAUCGUGUACGAGAGCGUCACCUCCUUCUGGGCCAUGUGGGCAGGUAUGGCGAGCGAAGACCAGGCAGCCAAGCUCGUGCACAAGUCGCUCAAGCGCUUCGAGGAGCAAGGUGGUCUCGUGUCCGGUACCGAAGAUUCGCGCGGCAAGAUCUCAAUCGACCGUCCCAACCGACAGUGGGACUACCCUUACGCCUGGCCACCCCACAACGUACUCGCCUGGGUCGGUCUCGAACGCUACGGCUACCUGGAAGAAGCGCGUCGCCUUGCGUACCGAUGGCUCUACAUGAUGACGCUUGCCUUUGUCGACUUUAAUGGGACGGUCCCGGAGAAGUUUGAUGCCGUCAACCUGUCGCACAUGGUCGAUGCCGAGUACGGCAACCAGGGGAUCGAUUUCAAAUGUGUGCCGCGCGAGGGUUUCGGUUGGAUGAACUCAAGUUUCCAAGUUGGUCUCACUUUCCUCACCACUCAUCAGCGUCGUGCCGUCGCAGCGCUGCAGCAUCCGGAUGAGUUUUUCAAUGUUCGUCGUCAUUAG